UAUGUAAUCCUCUAGUAAAACCUCUAAAAAGAAUAUAGGAACGGAGGGGAUAGCUUGGUAGGUGAACAAGGCAACAUGAUUCCUGCAUGGUUAGUCAUGCAGUUCCCGCUUAACAAUAACAACAACCUAACUAGCUAGGAUAAUUGAGGGGGUAUAGUUAGUUAGCUUUUGAGAUGCAUGAAUAGCAGUGGUAACAGGAGUAGGGAGAUAUUUUAGGACGCUCCCAUAUAAGGUAUAGCUUAAGAAUAGAGAAAGCAAACAAGAUAAGAAACUAAGACAGCAGCAGAGUAUAGUCUUUUUUUGGAGGUGGUCGAGAGAAAUCGAUCAGUCACGCAGCUGCAGCUGUGCUAGCGUAGCCACAAGGAGGCUGCCACCGCUAGAUCUGCACGACAGGACCACUUCCAAACACAAGCCUGCAGCUCCAGAUGUAAAGAAGCCAACAGCUAUAAAGAGCCCCCAUAAAACAGCCAGUACCACCCCCACAUAGCUGCUAUAUAGAGCGACAGGCCCACGCUCAGAGCUUGUCACGUACUCACUGAUGCCUACACAUGCAUGAAAGCCAGAGAAAUGAAGAAAGCAAAGAAAAAGAGAGAGGAGAGAGAGAGAGAGAGAGCUCUCGUGAGAGUGAGGGAGUGAGAGAGAUGGUUUUCCUCAGUCUCAGUGACAGGUACUUGUUUGUUAUGUGGGAGAGCCCAAAAGCCUCCUAGUGCAGUGCAGUAGUACUUGCCAGAGCUUAUUGUGUACUAUGGGCUCCCCCAAGGCCCCAGCCCUUCCCCAAGAAUUUACUACUGUACUACGGCAUCGCCAAGGCAUGGAUGGACGAUGCAUGUAUCCACAUCUCCCCUCUCCCAUCUAGCAGGACGCCCCCACCUCCCCCUAACUAACCACGCACGAUAGUAAGGUGACAAUUACCCUGCCCCAUCCGUCGGCACCCCAUUCCUCUCACCAAGCAUGCGAUGCGAAACCUAUCGCUUCUAUACAUUUGGCACUCCUCCUUUGAGAGACAUGAGCGCCAGACCUUCUUCUUGCCCUUUCUAUUCCCUACUACCUUCUCUCUCUCCCUGGCUCUCCUCUCAUGCCCCCGCCGGCCCCCUCCUUAACUCCAUGACAUUCAGGGCCGGGGUUCCUCUUCUUCCCAACAGCUACUCACUGCUGAUGCCGCUAGACUAGCAGCUGAGCGUGAGAUAUUGUUUUCUACUUCCAAGGAGCUGUUAGAUAGCCUAGGAAAUUCUGCAGCUUUCUCGAUCCACCUGGUUCUGGUUGCAUGGGCGGUGACGGAGGUGGUGAAGGCGGUAUCGGUGGUGGCGCGGCGAGCAUGCGGGAGCCUCAUGACUUUGGCAACGUUGCGUCCUUCUCCGAAUUGCCAUUCCUGCGCUCCGGUGCUCCUCAGCGAGAAAGCCCCAACUCUGGCAUCCGCCUCUUCGGCAUUGACGUCCCGCAUGCAUCACCUGAGGGCAGAAUUAAAGAAGACGCCGCUACCAGCAGCGCGACCCCUUCAGCCACCAAGCAGAGCAGCGGUGGCGCUGCCAUCACCGCUGCAAGCGCCGCCCCUGACAGCAACCGCAAGUUCGAGUGCCACUACUGCUGCAGGCACUUCCCGACGUCGCAGGCGCUCGGGGGACACCAGAACGCACACAAGCGCGAGCGGCAACACGCGAAGCGGGUGCAGAUGCAGUCGGCGAUGGCCGCGGCAGCGGCGGCUGCUGGCAGCGCGCACCACCACCACCAUCUCCUUGGCUACCCGCAGCACCGCUUCGGCACGACAUUGUACCCGUCAUGGGCCACGGUGAGUAGUGGUGUCUCCUACGGACACCAGCAGUUCUACAGAGGGAUCGGGUCGGUCGGUCAGCCGAUCAAUGGGAACCCUCUGCCUGGGGCGCUGUGGAGGGGGCCGAUGGCUGCGCAUGGCAACACAGGCAUGCCGUUGGCUGGAGAGCGGCGGACAGUCACGCUGCCCAUGUUCAGAGGAGAAGAGCAGAAAGCUUCGGCUUCUCUCGGGGCGGCCUCCCCCUCCUCCUCUUCCUCUUUGGUGCUCUCCCCGCAAGGUCAGUUUGCUUGCGAGCAGCCAGCCACCACCGCAGCACCCGAGGGUGUGAGCUUAGAUUUGCAUCUAUAAAUGCCUUCUCCUUUGUUUUUAGUGGAUUAUUAUUACUCUGAGAACUGGUUUCCUAAUCUUUUUCUCUGGUUGAAAUUACCUUCUUACUGAA